GUGACUAGUGAAUAAAGAGCAGCGAGCCGAGUAAGGUGCAGAGCAGGAGAAGAGUGAGAAAGAGAGUUGGUAGGAAGAGAAUAGGAUGAAGGUGAGGCUUGGCGUAGUAGUAAGAAUCGUAAUAGAAUAGCGCCCUCACGACGCUUGAAGAAGACGCUGAAAUUCGGGACGCCAGUCACUCUGAGACUUUCGUUUACGACGCGUUAACCGACGCUCAGCACACUUUACAAACGUCACGUCCACAACGUCAAACAUCAAACGCAGAAAAUGGCUGUGAUCACGCGGCUCGCUAUCGUCAAAUUCCUUGAACUGCUCCUAGUAUGUAUCCUUAUUGGACUCCAUUACCAUUCGUUCAGGACCGGUGAUGAUCACACUGCUAUGAUCACUAUGGGAACUUUUGGUGGAUAUCUCAUCAUCCUCGUAGGACUAUUCGCCGGUGGAGUUAUGGGAACUCCAGUUAAUCGUCGCGUGGAUCUCUUCUUCAGUCUUAUCGGAUGUGCCCUUUUCAUCGCUGCUGGUGCCCUCAAUAUUCAUGAAUUCGAGAAGUACAACAAAUCCUCGUUACGCGAUACAGGACUGGCCAAGGGUUCAAUUUCUGUUAUCGAGGGUGCUCUAUUUUUGGUGGACGCCGUACUCACUUUUAGAGGAGAAGCAUAAGUUUCGAGUUACUCGACGAAAGAGGGACUGCUUGGUCGAAAUUUCUUCUAUGUCGUUAUAUAAACGUCCAGUAACAUUCCGCCAUUGUGAAGGAAGGCUUGUCGUUCCGACGAAUGCUGCUAUUCUUUGUCUUAGAAAAGGAAAAGAAAUAACACCGCUUCGAUCCCUUUUUCCUUUCAAUGUCUUUUCGCCUUUACUUUCUACAACUUGAACAAUUUUUCUAGUGUUCCGUAUGAAUUUAUAUGUAUAUUGUUUCGUUCAGUUUGAAAUCAGCAAAUGAAGAAAUUCAUUUUGCCUUUCUUUGGUUCCAUUUCCCUAUCCUUCAUAAAAAGUACAUUAUUCAUUAAGAGAAGAUCAUUUUAUUUUCAUACUUUAUUAUACCCCUCUUGACAUAUCUAUAUUAGAAUGUGUAAUAGUCGAUUCACAGUACAAAUAAUGAAAAUAAGCAAUGAUAGAACUUUUCAAAACAAGAAUUACUAUGAUUGGAGUAUUUUUGUGUGCAUUUAUAUAUACAUAUAUUCUGAUAAUAUAGAGGCCAUAAAAACGGUGUUAUGAGAUUUAAAGGCGGUCCCUUUUUAUACAAAAUUUGUAACAACAUUAUAGAUAAUAAUGUAACUGUUAUUGUCGCUUGUAAAUUAAGUCACACCGAUUCAUUACAUCAUUAUAUUAAGAUUAAGAGAAUUAAAAAAUAUAUAAUACAAAUCAAAAAUAUUCAUUCAUUCUGCCUCCUUAUGAAGCACAGACCAUGUAUCUCCGUCGGGGGAAGUCAAAUCAAAAAGAAGUUAUUUUAUACUCGAUACUAUUAUCACGCCUAGUGUUAUACUUGUUUAUUGUACACACACGCAUGUAAUAACACGUAUUUAAUUAAUUGUACGAUUUUGAGACCAGUGUCAUCACCCGUAGCGGUUUUACAUUUAUUUAUCAUUUAUUUGUACAUUUUGUAAUGCUCUAUUGCUUAAAACAAUAAAUAUGAAAAAAUCAA